AUGGUCGCCAUCCUUCGAACCAUUUUCGCCGUAGCGACCCUUGCCGCAGCAGCCACCGCCGCUGCAGUAGCGCCCCGCAGCUCCAAGAUCACCUUCACCGUAACCAACAAGUGCAAGCACACGUUCGCGCCCAUCUUCCUGCCUGCGCUACCAGGCAAACCACAAUGGUCCAACCUCACAUCAGGCAAGUCCGAAUCCUACUCGUUCCACUCGGACACAUAUCGCGGCAAAGUCUUCUCGCCCCUUCGUCAAGCCAACGUCACCACGGGAGAGGGCGCGACGCAAGGCGAGUUUGAUCUCUACUCUGGAGACUACGAUAUCUCGGUCGCCAACGGCUUCAACGUCGGUAUGUACCUGCAGCUGCUUGGAAGACAGAGCCAGGGCUACUGCCAGGCAGCCAUUUGCGGCAGCAAGACUUGCAAGGACGCCUACCAUUCCGAGAGCGGUCUCAUGACGGAAAGCAGAAACGGCAGCGAAACCGUCAAGCCCAACCACAGCUGUCCGCCGACAUUCACCACCUGGAACGUGCAGUUCUGCUAG